AUGGUACUUUCCACGGUUCUUGCGAUUGCCCUGCUGGGUAUGCAGGCUAGCGCCCUUCCUGGCAGAGACGAAUCAGCCAUCGUGCGACGAGCUUGCCCGGACUAUACUUCCUAUGCAUCAACACCACAUGCGCCGUACAGCGGGGGUCCCUUGAACCUUCCCUUUCAACGACCAGCGGAAGCAUGCCGGACGUUCUCGUCUCCGGCUGUCGAAAAGGUGAUUGACGAUAUAACUUCGCGUCUGGUGGACAAAGACCUCGCGCAGUUGUUCCGCAAUGCCUUUCCUAAUACUCUUGACACCACAAUUCGGUGGCACCAGAAUGCGUCGACGUCAAACGGCGCAAAGAGCAAAAGAGAUGGUCCGCAAUGGUCUGGUGUACAGACAUUCAUUGUCACGGGCGACAUCAAUGCCGAAUGGCUGCGUGAUUCAACCAACCAACUCGUCAACUACCAGUCUCUCGCCGCCAAAGAUAAGAGUAUCUACUCGCUGAUCCUCGGUGCUAUCAACACUCAGUCCGAAUUUGUGAUUCAAUCGCCUUACUGCAAUGCCUUCCAGCCACCAUCAGCUAGCGGCGUCAAACCUGAGAACAGCUCCCAGAAGGAUACUGUGCACCCUGCAUACAACCCAUCCUUCGUCUUUGAGUGCAAAUACGAAUUGGACUCCCUAGCUCACUUCCUUCAGUUGGGCACAGAGUUCUAUGAGAAAACUGGCUCAACCGAGUUCUUGACGGACAGGUGGUACAAGGCGUUACAGACUGUGCUCAAUACCAUCGACGCACAGUCGAAGCCUACAUUCAACCCGAAGAACCAAUUUGUUACCAAUCAAUACACCUUCCAGCGUCAAACAAACAUCGGCACGGAGACUCUCAGUCUGUCUGGCGUGGGUAAUCCUCUUAACAGCAACACUGGUUUGAUUCGCAGUGCUUUCCGUCCCAGCGACGAUGCCACAAUUCUAGGAUUCUUCAUUCCCCCGAAUGCCCAAAUGUCAGUGCAGCUUCGGAAGACCGCAAAGGUCAUCAAAGCCGCUGGGGGACCUGCCGACCUAGCUGCCGAUCUCCAGGAGCGUGGUACCAAGCUUGCCAAGGCAAUCCACGAUCAUGCCAUUGUCUCACAUCCCAAAUACGGUGAUGUCUACGCCUUCGAGGUCGACGGGUAUGGCUCACGCAUUCUCAUGGACGACGCCAACAUUCCCUCCUUGCUUUCCCUCCCCUACCUCGGCUUUCUGGACAAGUCAGACCCCGUCUACCAGAACACCCGUAAGAUGAUCACUGACAAGGCAUCCAAUCCUUAUUAUCUGGAAGGGUCGCAGUUCCAUGGUAUCGGUGGUCCCCAUAUUGGACUUGAGAACGCUUGGCCCAUGUCCUUGCUCGUGCAGGCUAUGACUUCAAACGAUGACGACGAGAUCCUUGGAAACCUUAACCUCGUUCGGAACUCAAGUCUGCUUGGACUUGUGCAUGAAUCCAUUGAUGUAAAUAACAUCAAGGAUUAUACUCGUCCAUGGUUUGCUUGGGCGAACUCGGUUUUCGCCGAGACUGUCCUCAAGGUUGCUGCUGAGAGACCACAUUUGAUCUUUGGGGAGGGUGCUGAGCCUUAUGUCAUUUCCUAG